AUGAAAGAAAGACAAAGAGAUAUGGAUAAUAUUCCACAAAUAAGGGAGGAUGUGGAAGUAAUUGAUAAUAUACAACAAAUAGUUGUAGGAAAGCAAUCACCAUCACUACAACAACAAAAUGAAGAUAGAAAUAUGGAUCCGCAAGAUUUUACAAGAUCUAUGAAUGGUAAUCCAGAAGUAGUGAGGCUUUGUAAUAAUCCUAAUAAAAGACAUAUGGCUCACAUGCAUUGUGCGACUAGAUGGUAUGAUAAAGAUGGUGUUGACACAUGUUGUGUUGUAUGUGGUUUAAAUUUAAUUUUACCAUAUGUUCGAGUAAAUAGAAAUCAAGUAUUACAAUAUGAUAUAGAAAGACAAAAUUGUAGAUUGAAUAUUGAGAGACAUGAAAAAGAACGUAUAGAAUUAGCAGCACAGAGAAGACAAGAAAGAAUAGCAGCAAAACAGAGAGAUUUACAUAAUAUUCCACAAUUAGAUAGGGAUAGAGAAGUAAUUGAUAAUCAAUUAGAUGUGCAACAGAUAAAUUUAGACGAUAAUCAAAAUAGGUGGCAAGGAAGAUUACGAGUUGUGGAUAUGUUUGGAAAUGUGAUAAGAAGAGUUAUUAAUUGA